AUAUUAUCAUAUCGGCAAGAUCAACCGCGACACAGAGGGAGGCGCAUGCGUUUUGGCACUUCGGUAGCAAACCAAUGAUAGGGCAAAGGCGAUUCGCCUGCGCAUUACUGUUCCGGAGUUCAAUCAGUGGUGCUGUGUUCCUCACUUCAAGGCCGGGCGGGGAGCCGCGCAAUCCAUCUUUGCGUUAUCUAUUGAUAAGGCUGCCUUUAAAGAAACAGGCACCAGGAUCAAAGAAAGUAAUAAGGCAACAGGAGGUCAUUUGGCCCAUCUCUGACUCUACAAAAGCACAAACUUACAGUGGAUGAAGAACUGAAAGUUGAAAACAGAUCAAAUUUGGCAGCAUUUGUGAAGAGAGAAAGAAUUUAUGACCUUUCAUGUAUUUCAUGUAUUGCCAGUUUUUGGCAACAGUAUUCCAUUGAUGUCACUCCAUGUUCUUUACCCACAGUUAUGCAAUGUUUCUCCAAUUCAACAACACUGUGCUGAAAUAAAUACACAAGGAAGAAAACAGAAGGCCAAAUCUCAGCCCAAUUCCCAGCCUGCUGAUAAUCCAGGAACUUCCCAGUGAAGGACACAAGUUUGUGAGUCCCUGACGUCAAUGGGCAGCUGCUUUCUAAAAGAGCUCGGAGAUUUCUGUCAUACCAGCCCAAGGCCAGAGAGAGACAGAAUCAAGAUGUCUGGGGGUAUCUUUUCUCCCUUGGAAAACCUGUACGAUUUGGACAAUGCAAACUGUCACCCCUUGGUCUGCCACCUCUGCUAUGAGCAGUAUGAGCACCCUUGUCUACUGGAUUGCUACCACACCUUCUGUGCCACCUGCCUGCGGGGCAGGGCUUCUGAAGGACGUCUCUCCUGCCCCCUUUGUGGACGCCUAUCGAUUGUGAAGGGCACCAGUGGGCUCCCGAAGGUAGAUCGAUUGCUGAAGUUCCUGGUUGACAGCACGGCUGAUAAUGAAGAGAUUGUGCAGUGCGCAAACUGUGACUUUGAGUGCAAGAAACAGGACGCAAAUGCCAUGUUUUACUGCAACACGUGUAACCAGCCACUCUGCAGCUCCUGCCGUGAUGACACACACCGAGCAAAAAUGUUCGCACGUCAUGAGAUUGUAACUCUGGCCAAACGCACCAAGGCGCUGCAUAAGAAAUGCCCUCUUCACGAGGAACCGUACAUCAUGUUCUCCACAGAGAAGAAGUCCAUGCUCUGUAUCAACUGCUUUCGGGACAUGCAAGUUGAAAGUCGGGCCCACUGCAUCGAUAUUGAGACUGCAUAUGUGCAAGGCUGCGAGAAGCUGGACCAGGCUGUGAUGGCUGUGAAGGAACUUCAAACGUCCACACGAGAAGCCAUCAUCCUCUUGAAGGCCAUGAUCAACGAAGUGAGAGCCAAUGUCACUGAAGAGGAGUCAGCCAUCAGCUCGCUGUUCAACAGUAUGCAGGAAAAACUAGCCGAGAGGAAGAAAAUACUGCUGAAAACAGCUCAGAAUCAACAUGAAGAGAAAGAGAAAGCUUUUAAAGAGCAGCUCUCGAAUAUGGCUGCACUGUUACCCACCCUUCAGGUCCACCUUGUCACCUGUUCUGCUUUCCUCAGCUCUGCCAAUAAGUUUGAAUUCCUGGACUUGGGCUAUCAACUCAUGGAGAGACUGCAGAAGAUUGUUAAACUCCCCCAUCGCCUGAGGCCCACACAGAGCAGCAAGAUUAACACGGAGUACAGGCCAGAGUUUGCCCGGUGCCUAGAGCCCCUGCUCUUUCUGAACCACCGGCGUUCCGGAUCCAUGACCGGAGGAAGCCCAGGAAAUGGAAUCAGCAAUGGAAAUGGAAUAAACUUGGUGGGCGCAAAGACAUUUCCAGUUUCUGAUUCUUGUGCAUCCACGGGAGAAAUGUCCCUAACAAACACAGUGACAUGUAAGCCGACCUCGCAUCGUUACAUUAGCACCAAGGUCCUGCUGGCAGAGGGGGGCCACAGCCCUUUCACGGAACAUUGCCGGAAUUACGAAAACACAUUCAAGGCUUUACAGACAGAACUACAGACACUGAAGGACCAGGUACAAGAGAUGCACCGGGAUCUGACCAAACACCACUCGCUCGUCAAGACAGAUGCAAUUGAUGAGAUCCUACAGAAAUCGCUUCAAAUGGAAACUCAAAUUUCUUCUCAAUACUCCUCUGUGGAGACAAUGAGGACCAUGUUUGAGGAGGUUUGGGAGGAAACAUACCAGAGAGUUGCAAAUGAACAUGAGAUUUAUGAAGCGCAACUACACGACCUUAUGCUGUUAAAACAAGAGAACACCUAUCUAAUGACAAUUGCACGUCAGAUAAGUCCAUACAUCCGCUCGAUUGCCAAAGUAAAGGAACGCCUGGAGCCCAGACUGAAAGAGCCAAAAGAUGCAAAGGAUGAUAGAACAGACAACAUGCUGAAGAUUUAUGAUGAAAGCUCCAUCGUGACUACAGAUGGUCAGCCCAGGAACGACCUCACGUGUGCCAGUGAAGACAAAGAAAAACUUACCGACGACAAGGACAAGGUCAUUGACAAUCGAACUCUGAACAUUCUGCCAGAGGAUUCAGAGCUGAAAUCCAGGGAAUUACACCGGACCAAACAAAAGACUGGAUUGGACAGCUCUGACAGGAUGGAACUCACCUUAUAGUGCAGAGUGAUGAGAGACACAGCACAUUCAACAAACUGUGAUAACCCUCCAAGUCUAAAUACGACACAUUGGCUUUCCCAUUGACUUUGAUGCUCUACAUUUGAUUUUUGCAACCUUGGAUCUAAUGUGCCCCGUCAGCAGAUUUAUUUUUUAAACAGAAUAGCAGAUACCUGUGGAUAAGAACAUUGCUUGCAUUAUAUUUUAGCAGGGAAUUAAUACCAAGUGACAAACCACAACGUGCAUUUACUUAUUGACUUUUGUGUGGUAUGGUAUGGCACUUCACAGAAGCAUUAACAUACAAAAUUUGACACACGCAAAAGAAGAUAUUACAGUUUGUUCAUUAUGUUGCCUUGUGUGCACAUUCUGGCUUUUCUCAUACAGUAUCUGAAUCUGAUCACUGCCCUUAAAAUGGUACUAAUCAUUUUAACAAAAGCCUAAAAUGCUCUGAAAUGUUUAUCUUAGAGUGAUACUUGCAUAAUUAGCAACUGCUAAACCUGUGCAGAACUCAAAGCCUUAACAUCUCAUUUCGAGCAAUGGAUUUUCAUUAGUCACCAGGAAAUUUGAGAUUCAGUAGGUUUAGCAGGUGGGGAAGACAUGGUCUGGCCAUUACAUGCAGCAGGCUUCGUGGUUAGCUGGUCUUUUCCCAUAUGAAAAUUUUGCAUGUUCUAGUUCCUUUCUAGGUACAGUGCCACAAACAUACUUUGUACACAUGACAGUGCUUCAUCUGUGAGUCCUGAUUCAAACCAGUUCCCCUGGUGAGCUUGACCAGAUGCCACGCAGUCCAAACUUGGAGGUCCUGAUCGCCAUGUCAAUGCCUCAACUUGUGUAUGCAGACAUUAUUGCCACACACGGACCUCGGAGGUCCACACAGUGGAAGUUAAAAGUUUAGGGGGAACGUAGCUGGUGGGAGUACGGUCCAUAAAUGUAAAUGUAGUAUAAAUUUUUCAUGAUGGGAAACAGGUGUCUGACCCAAACCACUCCAUUUUCAUAGACGGGUUGGAUUAAAAUCAGGGUUUAGUUGUGGAGAAGUCAGUCAUCAAAAGCAAUCCAGAGGAGUCUGAUCCUGUCCUCACCUGAUAUCCAUACACAAAACUUUUUAGCAAGGGUUGGUGGAUAGUGAUUAGGAAUCGAAUGCUGUUGUUCCUUGUCCCAUGCAGUAGGAUUUUGGUUUGAGGUGAUUCCCCCAUUACUGUUUCCUGCUAAAAUAAGCUUAUUAUUCUUUAUAUGGAGCAUAUAUGUUUCAUACAUUCAGGAAUCACAACCACUUGAUUGACUACAAUACCAGCAAUAAAAAAGCUGAUAGCUGAAUAUUACUGUCAUCUCAAUUGUUACUAUGUGGCUUGACAUGCAGGCGAGAAAGCAACAAAAAAAUAAGAAAUAAAUAGGUAUUAAACUGAGCAAUGAAGCUUGUAUUACUCCCUCAGUACUAGCACAGAGAAUCAGCACUCAACCUGGGCACUUGAAUCCAUGACCUUCUGAUUCAGCCAAAAUUAAAUAUAAGAAAGAGAAAAUGUGCAAAAACUGAACAGCUGAAAUGAAAACUGAUGUGUUGGAAAAUACACUAGUCAGCGUAUGAAAAGAGAAGUGACAAGUCAAUGUUCUGGUUUAUACCAUGGAAUUCUGAUGAGAGGUGCAUACCCAAAAUAUUAAUGCGUUUUCUGUUUUAACUAACUUGCUACAUACUUCCAGCAGCAAUUUUUAUUGUUAGUGAAAAGAAACAGCAAAGAGAAUAAGAAGGAGAAUAAACUGAACAAUUGGCUGCCUUGCUUUCUCAAUAACUGAAGAUCAAAUAUUCAAGAUGUUUCUAUCAUUAAAGUUAGACAAGAAAGACAAUGUUUCAGUUCUCAGAAAGUACAAAUUUCAUUUCAUAGAUAAAUUGCAGAGUGAAAUUUUAAGCAGUCAUCUCCUCAGGAAAGAAGAGUUAGGUGGGCUUUGAAGUAACAAGUUGUCAUAAUACUUUAUAAAUUCCUGUAGAAAUAAUUGUGCUUUAAAGACACACUAAUUUUACUGUUGGACAGUUCUAUUUUCUCAAGUUUAGAUUCGGCAUCAUAAAACAUACUUGUAGAAAAUAAUAUAGUUAUGUACUGUCUCAGUAUCAAGCACACAAAACCUCUCAUAAAGCAGAAUUAGUUAUAGAAUCCUUACAAUGUGGAUGCAAGCCAUUCAGACCAUCAAGUCCACAUUGAUUCCCCCCAAGAAGACCAACCCAUACCCUCCCCGCUACCUCAUCCCUGUGUUUUCCAAUCCAAUCCACCCUAACCUGCACAUCAUUGGACUGUUGGCAGAAACCCUAGCACCUGAAAGAAACCCACACUGCCAGAGGGUCAGUACUGAUGAAGUACUACACAACUUCAUUUCUCAGUUUAAUACCUGCUUAUUCCUUGCUUAUUGCUGAUUUCUCACCUGCAUUUCAAGCUACACAGUAACAAUUGAGAUGUGCAAACUUUGCACAGUCACCUGGGGGUGAAAUUGAAUCUGGGUCCCUGGUGCUGUGAGGCAGCAGAAUUAACCACUGAGCUAUUGUACCAACCCAAUUAUAAUUAAUGAUUAUCCUCCUAAAAUAAUUCCUGCUCCCCUUGUGCGGUGAUAUACUUGGAACAUAAGGAAGAGGGGCAGCAGUAAACUAUACAAUCCUUCAAGCCUGCUCUGCUAAUCAAUACAUGACUUCUUGAUAUUAUGUUAACUCAACUUGCACGCCUAGUCUUCUUGUCCCUUGAUAGCCAAAAAUAAUUCUAGAGUAUACUCACCACUGAAUAUACAUCCACAGUCUUCUGAACUGGAGAACUUAAAAAUUCAUAACCUUGUGGGUGAGUCAAUUUGUAUUCAUCUCAGUGAUAAAUGGCUGGUAUUAUUUAACAAUGACUAUGAUUGUUAGUUCUCGACUGCAGUCAGUGCAAACAGCCUCUUAGAAUCUAUCUUAUUUAUCACAAUACUUUAUAUGCUCGAAUGAGAUCACAUUUCUCUUCAAUCCUGCUCAUAGCACAACCCACACAUUCCUGGAAUCAAUUCAACAACUGCAAUGGAGAUUGUGGGAAACAUACUAUACCAGGAAUUGUUUUUAGAUAUAAUUGUAUAUCUGAUAUUUUGUCAAUUACCAAAUGUAGUGGUGUAACAAAUCCUUGCUUUUCUGGGGUCCAAACUGAACAUUAUAUUUACUCCACUCACCCCGCCUCUUUUCAUUAGAUAAUCUGCAAUGGCAGUGACUACCUGGGACCACAGCUAUUUACAAUAUACAUUAAUGAUAUAGCUGAAGGCAUUAAAAGUAAUAUUAGCAAAUUUGCUGAUGACACAAAGCUGGGUGGCAGGGUGAAAUGUGAGGAGGAUGUUAUGAGAAUACAGGGUGACUUGGACAGGCUAGGUGAGUGGACAGAUGCAGUUUAAUUUGGUUAAAUGUGUGGUUAUCUACUUUGGUGGCAAGAACAGGAAGGCAGAUUACUAUCUGAAUGGAGUCAAGUUAGGUAAAGGGGCAGUACAACGAGAUCUAGGUGUUCUUGUACAUCAGUCGUGAAAGCAAACAUGCAGGUACAGCAGGCAAUGAAGAAAGCUAAUAGCAUGCUGGCCUUCUUAACAAGAGGAAUUGAGUAUAGGAGCAAAGAGGUCCUUCUGCAGCUGUACACGGCCCUGGUGAGACCGCACCUGGAGUAUUGUAUGCAGUUUUGGUCUCCACAUUUGAGGAAGGACAUUCUGGCUAUUGAGGGGGUGCAGCGUAGGUUCACGAGGUCAAUUCCUGGAAUGGCGGGACUAUCAUAUGUUGAAAGAUUGGAGCGACUGGGCUUGUAUACACUUGAGUUUAGGAGGAUGAGAGGAGAUCUGAUUGAGACGUAUAAGAUAAUUAAAGGAUUGGACACUCUGGAGGCAGGAAGCAUGUUUCCGUUGAUGGGAGAGUCCAGAACCAGAGGACACAGUUUAAAAAUAAGGGGUAGGCCAUUUAGAACAGAGUUGAGGAGAAACAUCUUCACCCAGAGAGUGGUGGAUAUAUGGAAUGCUCUGCCCCAGAAGGCAGUGGAGGCCAAGUCUCUGGAUACUUUCAAGAAAGAGAUAGAUAGAGCUCUUAAAGAUAGUGGAAUCAAGGGUUAUGGGGAUAAGGCAGGAACAGGAUACUAAUUGUGGAUGAUCAGCCAUGAUCAUAAUGAAUGGUGGUGCUGGCGCGAAGGGCCAAAUGGCCUACUCCUGCACCUAUUGUUUAUUGUCUAUUGAAAUCAAAAGGGAAGUAAAAUCUAACAAAUUGCUCCUGUUGGACUAACUACUAUGCUGAAUAUGUGUAUACUCACUGGCAUGUCCCAUUACUCCUGGUGACUGUUUCUCACACCAGAUGUUUUGUAUGGUAUACUCAUAAGCACAUCAUCACGGGAAUGCAAAAUAUCACAGGAGUAGAACUUUGUGCAGUUCCAGUUGGGAUGGGAAAGGAGGGUUCUGUUUUGGGAAGGGAAGAAAAACAAAAUCAGUUUCCAGGUCUUCUCUAGAAAGCAGUUUUAAAGUUCUGAUUAGACUGUCCCUGGAGGUUACAUCACAUGAAUUUCUGCCUUCAAUUGCCUUGUCGUUGAUCAACCAACCCUCCCCAUCUUCGUUGUGGCCUACUUUCCCGAAUCAGUCAGAAGGUGAACAGACACUGUGUUACCAAAUUGGGUGAUACUUCAUUCUCAAACAGUCUUUUCUCAUCUCCAUCCCCAGAAAAUCCAAUAUUUUGGUAACAAAUUGAAACAGGAGGUGGCCAUUCAGCCCUUCAAGUUCACUUUGCCUUUAAUGGCUGGUCUGUUUGAUAAAUCCAUUUACUCAUCCUGGAUUCAUGUCCUUUGCUAGUGUAAAUCUAUUAAUCCUAUAUUUAAACUAUUAAUUUUGACAGUUUUUGAGGGAUGUAAUUUUUGUGAGAAAGAGUUCUACACUUUUAUCAUCCUUUGGAUGAAGUGUGUCCUAACCUCUCUUCUAUGAAUAAUCAGACUCUGAUUUCAAGCUUAUGUUCACUUGUCCUAGACUUCUCUACCGGUGAGAAAAACUUCUUUCUACCCCCAAUUCCUGUCAAAAUCCAAAAAAAAUUAAAUCAUCCUUCAACCUUCUAAUCUUCAAGUCUAGUUUCAAGUAAUUCUGGUGAAUAUACAUUGCAUUCUGUCCACGUUCAAUAUAUCAUUUCUAAGACAAAGUACUUGCUCUCUAUUAUACACAAUAUUAUUCAGAAAAUGUUUAACAAUCUUUAUUUUAUUGCUGUUGAUUAUUGCAUUAGGUUUUGCUCGCAGCAGGGUCAUGGAGAUUAACCUUUAGUUUUUUAAGAUUCCAGGGCUGCUUUGAAGGAUCGGCAAGCUUACUGAAGAAUAGUGAUGGUAACAAGAUUGAGGACAGAUACGGUCUAUUUAAAAUGCAGGCUUGUUAAGCAAAAUGUUACUUGUCUUUAAUAGUGCAUUGCCAAAGGAAUUGUAAAGUGAAAACGAAAAGCAGUGGUCAGAUUUGGGAAUGUUGCAAAGUAAGCAGAAAAUGAAUCUGUUUCUCAACCAGAGUUCCUGUCCAUCAAUUAAGUCCUUAAUUAGCUUAACAGCACUAGGAGUGAAAUAUUUUACAAGAAAGAAAGCCUGAAGGGAAGAUUAACCAAACCUGGGGCAAGUUUGUUUGGACAAGGGAUGACUAAGGAAUGAUAGAGACUUUUGAAAUUACAAAAUGGUUUCUCAUGCUAGGGGUGGAGAUAGUUCCAGUUACAGCAUAAAUCCAUAAUUGGUCAUAAAUAGAAGAUUGUCCCUAAUAAACCCAAUAAAGAUUUCAGAGAAACUAUUUCACAAAGAGUGGUGAAAAUGUGGAACAAGGAGUAGUUGAGGAAAUUAGUAUCGAUGGAUUUAAAAGGGAAACUAGACAAGUAGAGGUAAGAGAAAAGAAUAGGAUCUAUUGUGGAAGAAGGUUCACAUGCAACAUGAGAUGAAGUAAAUACUGAUUGACAGGGAGCAACAUAAGCACUGGCAUUUUCCUGUUAGACUGAAUGACCUAUUUCUGUGAUGUAACCUCUGUGCACUGGCCUGUAACAACCAGAAGAUUUACUUUGUACUCUGUAAUGACUGUCUAAUGGGGGCUGGGUGCUUCCAGUGGCACCUGCUGGAAAAUGCUAUCUAGACAUUUGUAAGAAAGAGCAACUGUUUGGGAAAGGAAGUGGAUAGCCAUUCAUAUCUUUGGAAUAGUACCCCAUGAAAGGACCAACAUCAAGCAAAAAAAAAGGGAAGGAAAUAAAAAACAUGAAAAUUAUCAGCUCAAAAAAAUUUUUACAGUUGGAACACAUUCUAUAUCUCGUGAUUUUCCCCAGAACUGUUUCUGGCUAAAAAGCUGGUGCAUGUAUAAACUAAAUAAACAUUUACCUCAUUUAAUAACAAUGUAUUGACUCAACAGUUUAACAUUUCUUGUAUUUCUAACUGAAGGACAACUCAGCAUAAGCAAUAAAU